UUUAUUUGAUUUGGUUUUCGAAAGCCUCUCAUUUAAGAAUCUGAGUGGUAACCAUUUGGAAAAUGGGUUCUCAUAUUUUGAGUUUGAGCCAACCAGCAGCACAAAUUCCUUCCAAUAGACUAAUUCAGAAGCUUGAUUGUGUUUUUCAUUCCAAAUUUUUGUUGUGGCCUUCACGUGCUCAUUUCAAACCCACAAAAAGAAUUUCUCCCUCAAUCCGAGUGAUGGGGUCAUCAGCUUCUUCCCAGUCCAACCAGCCAAACACCUCUUUUGAAUCAGGAUCUAAUACUGUUGCUUAUAAAUCUUUAAGUGAUGAAGAAUGGAAGAAGCGGCUGACCGAUGAACAGUUUUAUGUUACUCGAAAAAAGGGGACUGAGAGAGCUUUCACUGGGGAGUACUGGAAUACCAAAACUGAGGGGUCUUACAAUUGCAUAUGCUGUGACACGCCCUUAUUUGAAUCAUCUACCAAGUUUAAUAGUGGAACUGGAUGGCCAUCUUAUUACAAACCAAUUGGUAACAAUGUGAAAUCAAAGCUAGAUUUGUCAAUUAUAUUCAUGCCCCGUCAGGAAGUAGUUUGUGCUGUUUGUGAUGCCCAUCUUGGUCAUAUGUUUGAUGAUGGUCCUCCACCCACAGGAAAGCGUUACUGUAUAAACAGUGCUUCCCUUAAGCUCAAACCAAAGCAGUAAGAUAGUGGAAUAUUUGUCAUCAGGCAGAUGGUUUAAUAUUGAAUUGGUAAUUGGCAAACUUGUAAAUGGAUUCAGCAUAUCGUAUACGUUUUGCAGUUUUUCUUUACUUGAAGAGAGAAAUUAUAUUGUCAUGUGCUGAUAGUGUAUCCAAAUACUUAUUAGUGAGUACUGAGCAAUACAAGCAGUUGAUUACUGUUCAAUUUGUUAUAUAAUGAAAUUGAGUGUUGGCAUGUUCAUGUAAGCAUUACCAAGUUUAAUAUAAAUUCGUGUAAUUUUUUUUCCAAA